AUGCAAAAUAUUAAAAAUGUUAUCCUUCAGUUGAUCAAAUACAGCAUUGUGGAUGAACAAAUUUAAGAAAUACUCAUUUAAUGUAAGCAAACUCAAUAUCCAAUUAGAGCUCCACUAAUAGUAAGAUUAACUAGAUAUUGCUGUUUUGGCAGAAUAAAUUGAAAAUACUGUUAGCCAUUCAGAUAUCAAUUUGAUUCUAAAGCCAAUCUAAGAUGAGAUUAAUCAAUAAAAAUAGGCAUCAGAGAAAAUCGAUAAAUAACUAAAAUAAGUUAAAUUGCUUAUGAGUCAACUUGACUAUCAAUGUCUCGGCAAAGCUAAUAAGAUGGAUAUCGAAAUAUAAUAGCAAAAUAAUAUUAAAUUACAAUCUUAAAUUCAAGAUUGCAAUUCUAAAAUUGCUCAAAUUUUAUAAUAAUAAGAUAUAAUUACACAAAACAAUCACUAACUUAUUCAAGAUCAAUUUUUGGAAUAAAUAGAAACAUUAGAAUAGAAUAUUAAAAAAAGCGUGUUAGUAACAUUGGAUUCUAUAUAUCAAUGCAACUUUUAGAAAUACGAUAAGUUGCUUUAAAACUAUGAAAAAAUGACAUUCAUUUUAGAAACAAAGGCUGAUCAAUCUCAAUUCGCUGAGAUUAUGUAAUCAAAAGUCAGUAUGUAGUAGUAUCUCUAAACAAAAACUAAGUUGUUCGACACUCUGAAUCAUCUAAAGUACAUGAUGGAAGCUGUAUUGUAGUUUUUCGAGGCAACGAUAUCAGAAUAGGAUUCAAUAAAUAUGAGAAAAUCAGAUUAAAUUAAAUCGAUCAAUUUAAUAAAAAGUAUCAUCAUUAAGUUGAUUCCAAAUGAAGAAUAAAAAUAAAUUCCUUAAAAAUUUAAUGUUAAAUUGAAACCAACUAUUUUUAAGACUAUACAACAUCAAAGAAGAAUUAAAACAGAAAUAAAUGAUUGA